AUGGCAUUCUCAAAUUUCAGACUUCUUUACUUCCGCGAUGAUCUUCGCAUGUCAACAUGGCUGCUCAUAGGUGCCUCGUUACAAGCAGCUUUGCUAGUAGUUCUACCUCCUUCCCGAGCUAUCCUACCAACUGCCAUUCUCCUCUCGUUUCGCAUCGCCAAAUCCCUUCUCGUUCAGCUAGGCUUUUUGCGUGACGAUAGUCUUGACAAUGUUCGUUUGGGAAAGCUCUCUACGCAGAUACCACGAGCGGAUGGAUCGCUUGCAGCGGAGCCUUCUGAUCAAGAAGUUGUUGUCAUGAUCUCUGGAGCGCGCCGAUUUGCCCCUGGAUUCCAAGAGAUCAGUGGGCUUUUCGGAGAUAUGUGGCGCGAAGCAUCGAGAAACCGUGAGAAAUGGGGAUUUAUGGGCAAAACGUCCACUCUCUUCGCCACCGAGACCGACUCGGGAAACUCCAUGUGCUGGAUCUCCUACUGGAAAUCCAUGGCGCAUCUUCAAGCCUUCGCAUUAGGACCUGCACACCGCAAAGGCUGGGAUUUAUUUACUGCCACUUCGAAGAAGAAUCCGCAUAUUGGUAUUAUGCAUGAGACCUAUGCUGUUCCGAAGGGCCACUGGGAGACUGUUUAUCUGAAUUUUACGCCUUUUGGCAUGGGUCAGACUAAACAUCUUACUGAUGACAGCAAGAAAGAGGGAAGGACUGUGAGUGCGCUGAGGGAGGCUAAUAAGCAGACGUGGAGUCGGAUGAGUACGAGGAUGGGGAGGGGUGAUAGCGUGUAG